CUGACGGAGGGGAGGGGUCACGUGACCAGCGAAGCAGCUCGAGGAGGAAACGAGAAAAGUCACGAAGUUUAGUUUGUUUCUCUUGAAUCUGUUGGCUGUGACUGGAGUUCUUCUCGUGCUGUUCUGUGGAUGAGGAGAGCAGGAUUAAUACAGUCCUCCUUCAAGACGAGACACGCUGAGACAAAGCAGCUGAGAAAGUGUUUCUGAGAAAUAAUUAACUGAUUUUAUUCUGCCGUUGUGAACAAUGAUGAUGAUGAUGAUGAUGAUGAAGGUUCUGCUGUGUUUGUGUGCGUCUCUCGCUGCUGUUCGCUGUGUGCCGCCCGUCCAGACUCAACCUGAGCAGGUGCACGUCUCGUAUCCAGGUGUGGAGAACUCGAUGUUGGUCACGUGGUCGACGGCUGAUGAGACCGAGAGUGUAGUGGAGUACAGUCUGUGGGGCGGGAAGCUCUUCAGUCACACGGCGAAGGGAACCGCAAGACUGUUUAUAGACGGAGGACCUGAGAACAGAACACUGUACAUCCACCGAGUCACACUCACCCACCUGAUCCCCGCCGCUGCGUACGUGUAUCACUGUGGCAGUGACGCUGGAUGGAGUGACAUCUUCUUCUUCACGUCUCUGAAUGAAAGCACGAGCUUCAGCCCCAGAUUCGCUCUCUUUGGAGACAUGGGCAACGAGAACCCUCAGUCUCUGAGUCGCCUGCAGAAAGAGACGCAGCUGGGGAUGUACGACGUGAUUCUGCACAUCGGGGACUUUGCGUAUGACAUGCAUGAGGAUAACGGCCGGAUCGGAGAUGAGUUCAUGCAGCAGAUCCAGUCCAUCGCUGCUUACACGCCGUACAUGACCUGUCCUGGAAACCACGAGUGGGCUUAUAACUUCUCCCACUACAGGAACCGCUUCAGUAUGCCGGGACACACGGAGAACCUGUGGUACAGCUGGAACAUCGGACCCGCUCAUAUCAUCUCCUUUUCCACUGAAGUCUAUUUCUAUCUGGAAUACGGCCUGGAUCUGCUCUUCAGACAGUAUGAGUGGCUAAAGGAGGAUCUACAGGAGGCGAACCGUCCGGAGAACCGAGCUCAGCGGCCGUGGAUCAUCACGAUGGGACACAGACCCAUGUACUGCUCCGACGACGACGGGGACGACUGCACACACUUCCAGAGCUACGUCAGACUCGGACGUAACGACACGGAGCCUGCUGCUCCUGGACUCGAGGAUCUAUUCUAUCUGAAUGGAGUGGAUCUGGAGCUCUGGGCUCAUGAACACACGUAUGAGAGACUCUGGCCUGUGUAUAAUUACAAGGUGCUGAACGGGAGCUCGUAUGUGAAUCCUAAAGCCCCCGUGCACAUAAUCACAGGUUCAGCUGGCUGUCGAGAGAAACACGACGGAUUCAUCCCUAACCCCCGAGACUGGAGCGCCUUCAGAAGCACAGAUUACGGAUACACACGCAUGAGGAUCAUCAACAACACACACCUGUACCUGGAGCAGGUGUCUGACGACCAGUACGGUAGAGUGAUUGAUCAGAUGCUGCUGGUGAAGGAGAAACACGGAGCAGACUCCUGGAGAUGAACCCAGUCCUGAGUCUUCUUCAUCCUCCGGUGGAUCUGACCGGGAGCACAGGGACAUGAGGGACACUUAAGUCUUAAAUCAUCUCUCCUCUGAUGUCUGGUUAGUUCGGAUAAAACAGAAAAAUCUGGAAUCUGAGGGUAAACUUCUUUAAAGUUGUUCAAAGGAAGUUUUGAGAUGUUUACGGUUGGAAAUUUACAAAACAAUCUUCACUGAAUAUGAUCCUAAUAUCCUAAUGAUUUUUGGCAUAAAAGAAAAAUGUAUAAUUUAUUGUAUAAUUUCUAAAUCAAUUCUCUUCUGACUGCUGCUGUUCUCCAGAGACACUGGUUCUCCUUCAGGUUUCUUCUGGAUCUUUAGAUGGACUGGAUACGGGUUAAAAUGUCUUUCUAUGAUUGUAUUUUAAUAUGCAGAUAAAGUACUGUAUUAUAUACUUUGAUUUUUUUAAAGCCAUGAGCUCUGUUCUAAAACCUCGUGAGCGUUUUAAACAUCACAUAAAGUCUGAAACACCAUGCUGCCUUCUAAAGGGACGUUUACAAACUUCACUUAAAACCUUUAUAUAUAAUGCAUUCUGGACAUAUUUUGAUGCAUUGAUUAUGUCUCGUAAUGCACUGUAUGAAUAAUAUAAACCACAGUUCUAAUACAUUAUAGUAUUUUGUUAAAGGUAUAGUGCGUUAAAACAUGACAAACAAGCCUUAGCUUAUUAUAAUGAAGAAGAAAUGCAUUACAAUUUACAUUAAAUCUACUUUUAUGAUGCAUUGCAUAAGUGUUAACUUCAAAUGCUGUUAUGUUUUAGAAAAUGCAAAAGUAGAAGUAUACCGUAUACGCAUUGCAACAAAAGUGAGCCGUCAAGCGAGCAAUAGAAACAUUCAUUUGGUUUCGGUGUGUUUUUGCAUCUAGCUGCUAUCAUUAGCCUGAAGUGUGCUGUCUAUGUAGUGCACUAGGGUUUGGAACAGAGUGAGGUGCUGCUGAAAGCUUGAAUAAAAGGGUUCUGUCAGUAA